AUGCUCGCCCAUUCGUUCCUGCCUUUCCUCUUUUGCUUCCUUGCGCAACUAGUCAGCGUAUCGUCCUCUCCGCUUGUAGUCGAACGCGCAGCUGCAACAUGUUCUGCGAAGGAUAUCGCCACUGUCAAACGUACGACUCCGGACGCCGUCUACUUCUGUCAAUGGUGGCAGCAAGAUGUACGCACUCGGUCGCCCUUCAUGGAGUUUAGCGCCACCCAGGUCGACACUCUCUGCAAAUGCAUCUCGCCAGUAGCGACAGGCCCCAAAUGCAGACGCAAGCGCAAGCGAUCAAACAUUGAGGAAAGAGCAGAAGCUCUUGCACGAACUGCAGCCUCGUGUAGCUCCGAAGUCAGCAAACAAUUCACGCAGCCUUAUCGCUUCUGUACCUUUUACACCUCCUACCCAAGGACCACAUCACCAUUCAAGCAGUAUACCGCAUCUGCUCUGACCAGUCUAUGCAAGUGUGCCAUCACGAAGCCUGCGACCACAACUAGCAAGAAGGCUACUACAACUUCGAAGAAAGUUUCCACGACCACUCAAAAGGCAACUACCACGUCAAAGAAGGUCACGACCGCCCAGAAGCCAGUCACAACCAGCAAGAAAACAACCUCGACAAGCACCAAGAAGCCAACUUCGACAAGUACCAAGAAACCAACAACAUCCAGCACAAAGAAGCCAACAACAACUAGCACAAAGAAGCCAACAACAACAACAACCAGCAUCAAGAAAGCAGCAACGACUAGUACCAAGAAACCAUCAACAACCAGUACUAAGAAAGUCACUUCGACUAGCACGAAGAAACCUACCGUCACGAGCACAAAGAAGCCUGCGACUACAUCAACCAAGGCCGUGUCAUCAACCACGAAGAAACCAACAACCACUAGUAUUCGAAAGACAACAUCGAGUACAAAGCCCGCCACCACAAGCUCGAAGAAAUAA